AUGGUGCUGGCCCAAGCACCGGUGCUAAGUGUAGCGCUGGCCCAAGCACCGGUGCUAAGUGUGGCGCUGGCCCAAGCACCGAUGCUAAGUGUGGCGCGGGCCCUAGCGUCGGUCGUAGACACGGCUCUUGUCCUUGCCCUUGUUCUGAUGCCAGCGCUGGCCCUGGUUAUAGUGCUGGCCAUCGUGAUGGUGCUGGCCAUGGUGAUGGUGCUGGCCAUGGUGAUGACGGUAGCCCUGGCGAUAGUGCUGGCCCUGGCCCUGGUGAUGGUGAUGGUGAUGGUAUUGGCGAUGGUACUGGCUCUGGCCCUAUUGUUAGCUUUGCCCCUGGUACUCAAGGUGUUUCUGGCGCCCGCCAAAGCUCUCGCGCUCGCCGUGGCCAUCAUGCUCGUGCUGGGAGUGGCAAACGCACGGGUCCCAAGUGACCCUCGACUAGACGCGUGGCUAAGGCCAUCGACUACUAAUACCCUUACACCGACGUCCACAAUCCCAAGGUCACGAGCCCAUUUAAGAAGGGCGUGCGCUUCAUACCGCGCUCUGACGUCGAGUACAGGGCCAUCAUCUAUGCUUACCUCGAAAAGAGCUAGGGAGUCGUCUGGUUCUCGCACUCACUCCCCUGCGGAGCGCAGCAUAAAGGUAGCCAUCAGGGGACUGCCAAUUGAGAUCCCACCGGCGGUGAUACAAAAAGCACUUGAGCCAUAUCCGUUGAUCAACUACACCCAGAUCUCAUCGAGAACUCCGUACCGGGCAUACUCGGAGUCACAGAGCGCCUUAGAGGCGACCCACUCGUUCCUUCUCCUCAUUUACCUUAUUCUCUCUCGUCGGUACCUUAUUGUGCUUGCCCCACAACCUCGGCUGAACAUCGGCCCUCUAGGGCCCAGUGGUGGGCUCUUUGAAGCGCGCGCCGUACGCUCGGGUCUGGUAGCUGCCGUCCGUAGACAAGCGUUUACGGUGGCCGUAGAUCGUUGUUCGAUCCCCGAAGCCUGGAAGGUCGCCUACUGCGACGACUGGGGUGUGGGGAGGAUAGUUCCCAUACGCGUUGCGCCUCCUUUGGGAGGAUCACAACUUCGCCGAAAGAGAAGACGGGUUCCAGUUUCUCUGGGUCCACACCAUGUCUUUGACUAA